ACCACCGAAUACGAGCAGCCCCCCCCCGGUUAACGAAAAGUAAAACACUUGUUUCGGAAAUGGGGUUUGUGAGUUUACCGAUUCGCCAAACUGACUCGCCACUUUGCUUGCCAUAUAUGCCUAGACGCAGGUCACGCAGCAGUUAAAAAACCCAGAUUCGAUUUUUAAUUCUUCAUCAAUCACGAUCAUGAACCUGCUUAAACAGAGAAAAUAAAACCCCACCUCAAUGAUAGUAUUGGUUAAGCUUUAGCAGUUAGCUCCUCGUCACGUCGUUGGUUUGAAGUCCGAUAAUUUUAGCUCCUCGUCACGUCGUUGGUUUGAAGUUAUUGGUUUGAAGUUCGAUAAUUUUAGCUCCGUCACGUCGUUGGCUCCUUCUUCUUUCCUCUCUUUGGUUUUUUUUAAAAGGUAUGGAGCAUUUUGAGGUCCAGAAAAGAUCAUGGUGCAGUGCGUAGAUGGAUUAAAGCAUUUCUGUGUUGCUGUCAUAAAUUGUUGUGAUACUGAUUCAUAUACCCAACCCAAUGGUUUUCAAGAUCCUGAAGCUCUUGCAAGAGAGACAGCGUUUAGUGUAAGUGAGAUAGAAGCGCUUUAUGAACUGUUUAAGAAGAUCAGUAGUGCCGUAAUUGACGACGGUCUAAUCAAUAAGGAAGAAUUUCAACUAGCAUUGUUCAAGACAAAGAAAAAGGAGAGCUUAUAUGCUGACCGGGUAUUUGACUUGUUUGAUACAAAGCACAAGGGGAUACUAGACUUUGAAGAGUUUGCACGCGCUCUCUCUGUCUUUCACCCCAAUGCACCAAUUGAGGAUAAGAUUGAGUUUUCAUUCCGAUUAUAUGACCUCAGACAGCAAGGGUUCAUUGAGAGACAAGAGGUGAAGCAAAUGGUAGUGGCCACACUUGCUGAAUCCGGUAUGAAUAUUUCAGAUGAUGUUUUAGAAAUUAUCAUUGAUAAGACCUUCGAGGAAGCUGAUACUAAACAUGAUGGAAAGAUAGAUAAGGAAGAGUGGCGACGCCUUGUUGUGCGACAUCCUUCCCUUUUGAAGAAUAUGACUCUUCAAUAUCUCAAAGACAUCACCACGACGUUUCCAAGUUUUAUUUUUCAUUCACAAGUUGAUGAUACCUAAACUUCAAGCCUACAUGGAGUUGAUAGUCUUCUGGAAGAGCUUGUUUUAUUUUGAUAGUCUUCUGGAAGAGCUUGUUUUAUUUUACUGCCAAUGUCAAUAUGGCUAUCUUUGCACAGGUUCAUAAUCAAAGGGAUGUUGAUCAUUUAUUGAUGUUCUCUAUGAAAAGAAGUUUGUCUCCCUUUUCAAAUAUAACUUUUUGGCUUGAAUAAAUGGGUUUCAGUCAUUUGUUUUUC